CAUACUCAACAUGGUCCUCACAUCGGUACAAACAUCAUAUCAGUUUAACUUUAUGUUUGGCUGUGAGAGCAGUGUGUGUGUCGCGCUCAGACGGAGGAUCGAGCCUCCAACAGUCCUUGAUAAUACAUAACAGUUCUUAAUGUAGAUAGAAGUAGACAGGUCAUCUCAGCCUAAUUGUGGCCUCCUAACUACUGUUACCUGUCUCUCCCAUGUAUUCCUGGUGCUCAGUGACACACGGCUUUAUCGCCUCACGAAAAUUUAAGAAUAAAAAAUUCUUGAUCCUCAUAUAAGUAUUUAAGAAUUAAAAUGUAUUUAUUUACCUCAAGGGUUUAAUACUUAUAAUAUCCAUAAGUUUAGUAACUGUUGGUGGAGUGACUCACGAAAUCAUAAUGACACGAUUGUAAACAAACCAUACCACGGCGAGGCUUGAACCCGCGGUCAUAGUCUUAAAACUCGGGUUCAAGCCCCGCCCGUGGUAUAGCUUGUUGGAGUGUGACCGAGGGUACAGCUUAUUCACCUGCUGAAAUAUAACAAUUAUUUUAUUUAUGAGGAAGAGCUAAACCCGUAUGAAUAAUACAGCGCUUGGAGAAUAAGAAGAUAUCAGGAUUUUGAUUCAAAGAGUAGCUCCAUUUCCUCGCAACAUGAACCCUACACUCCGCCAACAUAUACAACUUGUCCAAAAAUGAAAAUUUUAUUUAAGGACAGGUUAGGUUAGAUAAGGAUUGUCAGGAAACAGGACAAGUUUUCCCUGACGAAGGUCUUAGUUAUAUGAUGACCCACAGCUGGAGCUUUUGGUCAUCUGGCCGAGGCCUUCCCCUGGCUUACCCCUUCACCGCUUUAAAAAUUAUAGUUAUAAUUAUAACCAGUGUUUUUGACUGAUAGAUAUUUUGCUUAAGAUAAAGAAUAACACAGAGGAUAAGAGUUUUAUCAAGAGUCAGACUGAAGUGCUGCUAACUUGUCACAUUUAUAUUCCAGUUGAUGGUAUUGUUGCUGCUUGAGGGAGUUACGUCAACACAGCUGCCCGAGACUUACCCAGACGCGCCUCCUAAGUAUGACUUCAACUAUGGCGUCAGGGACGACAACACAGCGAACAGCUUCGGGUUACAAGAGUCUCGUGAUGGAGCGAGGACGAGUGGUCAGUACCACGUAGCACUACCAGACGGCAGAGUCCAGGUGGUUACCUACACGGCUGAUGAGAAUGGUUACAAGGCCCAAGUGGACUACCAGGGAGAGGCUGCCUUCCCAGUGCCCCCUCAAUCCUCGACAUUCCCAGCCCGGUACAUCUCCUUCCCUCUCCCUCCGCCUCCACCAACACCACCAGUCCCUCAAUUCACAUCCACAUCUCAGCCACCCUAUAAACCUGCCCCGGUCGUAGCUCCACCAGCAAAUUAUGCCCCUAACUACCCUUACCCUUACUAUCCACAAACCUGACCCAUACCCUUUACCUUAAACCCUGAAAUCUGACCCCCCCACCCUUUAACAGUUUAAUUUACCCAACAUAACCCUGAGUAACCUUCCCACAAGGUCUGUACAUA